GUGUGUGUGUGUGUGUGUGUGUCGAGGGGGGUUGGGGGCUCCGUGGGUGUGAGGCCUGAGCGUUGCGAGUCGGGUCUCUCACGUCAUUGUGUUGGAGCCGUGUGUGUUGUGCGGGCGUGUUGCGUGUGUUGCGUCCAGCUGAGGCCAGGCAGAGCGAGGUGACACGUGGCCGCAAAAAAAACUGGUCCGCGGAGGAGAGGAAGGAGUUGCCAGGCCGCGGCCGUCCAGCACCAGGCACAGGCAGCCCCUCGCGGCGUGUGUGUGUGUGUGUGUGUGUGUGUCCUCGGCGCCUUCAGUGUGUUCCGCGCCCCGCUGUGCUGUGCUGUGCCGUUCCCGGGCUUGUCUUGUCGUGCUGCUGUGACGCCCUGUGGUCGGGUGCCGGGGCGAGGUGGUGGUGGUGGUGCCUGAUGGAGGAGGUGACGCCGCUGACGCUGGUACAAGUUGGCGUGCUGGGCGUGCUGGUGGGCGGUGCUAAGCUGGUGCUUCUGGGGUGCUGGCUGCUGUCCUCGGCGGCAUCAUGGAUGGACGGGAUCAGCAGGUGUAUGCGGGUAAGCCCAUCCCGCCCAUCAUCUGCACCCCGGACGUGGACUGCUCCCCCGCCACGCCCCCCGAGUUCCCCUGCACGCCCCCGGGCUCGGGCCCCCCUUCGCGCCGCGGCAGCUACGACGCCUCGGGCAAAAAGUUCCACCUGGGGGACGGCCACCUGAAGCACCGCGGCGAGAAGCUGCUGCACCACCUGCUGCACCCGCUCACCUUCGUGCAGAAGAGGCGCAGCCGCAGCAACUCCGCCAGCAGCGAGCUGGACCUGGAGCUGGAGCAGGCGGCGGCGGAGGCGAGGGGCAAGAAGAAGCUUCCCCUGCGGCGCUCCCUGACGCCGGAGCCGGGCAGCGGCCGGCCCAAGGAGAAGCGGCCGCUGCAGCGCUCCAUCACGCCCGACCCGUCCAGCCUGCAGGAGCGGCGGCACCAGCACCAGCAGCAGCAGCAGCAGCAGGCACGCUCCCACACGCCCGACCCGUGGGUGUACCGCCCCACCGCCCGGCAGCGCGCCCGCCCCAACCAGCUGUACCUGCAGCUCCCCAACGCCGGCAGCAGCGCCUCCACGGCCUCCUCGCACGACAGCUCGUCGCACAGCCACAGCCACAGCCCCUGCAGCAGCGGCAGCCACAGCCGCAGCAGCAGCACCGACAGUGUAGGGUCCCCCGGGGCGUCAUGGCACUCGGCCGUGUCCUCGCACGCUUACGACAUGGGGGGCCGCCGCUCCCCGUCCCCCCUUAUCUUCCUGGACCGCGGGCCCCAGGUGUGGCACCCCCCCGCAGGCAACACCCUGCAGGUGCCCCUGGGGCCGUCCCUCAGCCUGGAGGUGGGCCAGCCCCGCUACUCCCCCCUGGGGCCGCGCAAGUCCUAUCCCAACGAGGCCUCGCACCUCAGCGGCCUGCACCUCAAGCUGCGCCCCGGCAUCUCCUCGCCCCCCGGCGGCGACCACGGCGGCCGCAGCCACGGCGCCCUGGACGCCGCCGGGGGGCAGGUGGGGCGCCGCGCCAGCGAGCCCGUGCGGCACCCCAAGCGAUGUGUCACCCUGGAACCCCCCAGACAGGACCCCGACGGGAUGGCCCGCAGCGCCGACGCCGACGACUCGUGGGCCACCUUCUGGGGCGACGGCCCCCGCGACGCCGCCGACGGCAACGCUGCCUCGGCCAAGAAGAGCCGCAUGCAGGAGGAGCGGCGCCGCACCGCCUCGGCCUGCGCCCUCAAGCCCUCCUCCUCCGUGGAGAAACUCUACUCCAUCUACGACCAGAUCAUCAAGGAAGGGCAGAUGCGGCGUCACUCCAGCGAGUCGGACAGACGGAGACAUGGCAGCGGGAACCUACAACCUUCCUAUGUCCGAGGGGAGAUGGACCCGAACCAGGCUGCCAUGCUGUUCAGAGACUCCCGUGGGUUGCCUUACGCCGAUCCCUUCCUGGAAAACAUCAGCCGAAGUGACCUAGAGGAGGAUGAGACUCAGAUCUUCGUCAAGUUCUUCAAGUUCCACCAGACUUACGACCUCAUCCCCAUCAGUGCCAAGCUGGUGGUCUUCGAUACGAGGCUGCAGGUCAAGAAGGCCUUCUUCGCGCUGGUGUACAAUGGGGUCCGCGCCGCUCCACUCUGGGACUCCGCGCGACAGCAGUUUGUGGGCAUGCUGACCAUCACUGACUUCAUCCGCAUCCUCCAGAAUUUCUACAACUCACCCAACCGCAAGAUGGAGGAGCUGGAGGACCACAGGCUGGAGACGUGGAGAACCGUUCUGAAGGAUGAGGCCCGGCCGUUGAUCAGCAUCCGGCCUGACGAGUCGCUCUACGUGGCCAUCCGUUCGCUCAUCCACCACAAGAUCCACCGACUCCCUGUUAUCGACCCCGCAACCGGCAACGUUCUCUACAUCGUCACCCACAAGCGGAUUCUCAAGUUCCUGUAUUUGUAUAUAAAUGAGCUCCCCAAACCUUCCAUCCUGCACAAGACCCUGAAGGAGAUGGACAUCGGCACCUACAACAAUAUCGAGACGGCCCGCGAGGACACGCUCAUCAUCCAGGCGCUCAACAAGUUUGUUGAGCGCCGCAUCUCCGCGCUGCCCAUAGUGGACGCUGACGGAAAGCUGGUCGACAUCUACGCCAAGUUCGACGUCAUUAACCUGGCAGCCGAGGGGACGUACAGCAACCUUGACGUGACGCUGCGCAAGGCCAACGAGUACCGCAACGAGUGGUUUGAGCAGGUCCACCGGUGCACGCUGCAGGAGACUCUCGGAACCAUCAUGGAACGGAUAGUGCGGGCGGAGGUGCACAGACUGGUGGUGGUGGACGAGAAGGAUAGAGUUCUCGGCAUCAUCUCCCUCUCGGACAUCCUCAAGGAGCUGGUGUUGAAGCCUUGCAUGGACGCCGAGCCUGGGAUGCGCGAGGCCGCCCUAGCCGCCGAGGCCAGCACUGCCACCACCGUGCAGCAGAUGGCCGACAGCCUCACCCACUCCUCCUCCAACCUCUCCUCCUCCACCGACGACCCGCCACCCCAGUCUGACCUCAACGGCGUAGGCAGCAGCGAGGACAGCCUAGGGAAGUGGAGCAGCGAUGACCGCAUCACCAAAUCCAGCGACGCUACCACGAAGACCUCGCCACCGCCCGCAUCGCCGUCCCCCAAAGACGAGGGGCCAUAUAUGUGCGAGGAUGGCAGUGACCCCCCCGUGAGGCAGCCGGAGGUCAUCCCCAUCACCGGCUGAGGUCGGGUCGCAUUCUCGUCAUCUCAGUGAACGCAGCCAGUCAGCCGACCCAACACCGUGACCCCAAUCCACGUUGCAGCCUUGGGGUCCAGUCCUGUUUGUGUGAUGUGUGAGCGACGGAUUAUCCCCCAAGAUUGCCGUCGUUUGUUUGUUCGUUCGUUUGUUUGUUUGUUUCCAUGCAGACUGUGGCCUUGUGUGUUUGUACGAUUGUAUUUACCUGGUCAAACAAGGUCAGAGCAGGUCAGGCGAGGGGUCGUUCUUCGCCCUUAUUCUCAGCAGUGUUUGACCCGACCCCCACCCCCACCCCCCUCAUGCCUCUCCCUUCCCCCCCCCUAUACACACACAUCCUGGUCUGAAACUUGAGGCCUGAGAGUGUCAGGGAAACUUAAGUAAACAUGAUGAAAUGAAACUUGGGGAGAGGUGCAACUUGGCGACGCAGCUCAACCGCCAUCCGUGCCAUGUCGGGAAGAGAACCGGAUGACCAAACGGAUGAAUGAAAAUGAGUUAAUGGUUGAGAAAUUGAUAGAGAAAUGAUGUAAAGGCUGAAAAAAAAAUAUACAUGAAUGACAAAAUGAAGGAAAAUAGAAUAAACGGAUGAAAAUGAGAUACAGAGAUGACGAAACGGAUGACAAACCGGAUGGAAAAUGGAUUAAGAAGAUGACGAAAAUGGUCGAAAACUAAAUAAACAAAUGAUGGAACGGAUGAAAAAUAAAUGACAGUGGAUGAUACGAAUAAACAAGCGACGGAUGAACUGACAGACAAAUCAACGGACGUAAACAUAAACACCUUGAGCCGCCUCGGAAGGGUUCUUAUGCGGCGGACGACACGCGAGAGAGUUGACGUAACAUGAGUCUCGUAACGGAACGGAGAAAAUGCGUCUCAAGCGUGGGAGGGUGACGGAAGGGUGACGAUUGAUUACGAGAGAGACGAAAGGGGGAAAGAAAACGGAAAAAAAAAUAAAAUAAAAAAAACGGAACGGAUCGAAAACACAUGAUAUCGAACGCAAAGAAGAAAAAAAAUAGUCCGUUAUUGAAAGCACGGAAUGACGGACACACACACACACACUAACAAACAAACAGGAAAACAACAAAAUAGACGCAGAGGAAGAGAGAAAAAUGUGAUAAAAAUGGGAGAUAGAGGAGAGAAGGCAAGAGAGAGAGGGAAAAAAGUGACGUCGCUUCAAAUAUGAAAAGGAAUGUGAUGAAUAUGAAGAAAGAGAGAAAAUGAGGAUGAAAAUGAGGAUGAAAAUGAGGAUGAAAAUGACCUACUAGUGUGUGCCAUAAACAAUGAACAUAAGGAAGAAGGAGGAGGAGGAGGAGGAGGAAGAGAAGAAGAAAGUGAGGAGGAGGUAAAAUACUAAAAGACAUGUAUGACUGAACUGUGAAUGGAGGAGGAGGAGGAGAAGACGGAGGAGGAGGAGGAGACGACAGAGGAGAAGAAGGAGGAGGAGGAGGAGGCGGCCCCAUAAUCGGCCUCCUCCUCUGAGCGCCUCCAAACACCAGACUCUUAUAAUCAUGUGUUUUGUUAUGAUGAUUUGUGAUAUUUUCCACCCCCCUCAGUGCUUAGAACCUCCCCCCCCUUCACACACACACACACACACACACACACAUUAUAUAACCUUGACACACACAUACGUACACAUAAACACACACCUACAUACAUACACCCUCUUAUCCACACACACACACAAGUUUGACUCUUCUACAAAAAUACAGAUUGAUAGAUAAAACAGACAUAGGGGGAAGGAGGAAUAGAAGAA